CGCCAACCCAAUCCCCGCCUCCCUCCCCACCACACCGCCCCGCCUAUGCAGCCGCCCCGGCGCCGGCGCGCUCCCCUGAGGCUGACCACGACGCCGCCGCGCCCAUGAGGGACGACGGCGACGAAGACGGCUCCGCGACAUCCCGGGCGACGACGACGACGAGGAGGAGGAAGCCAGCGCCGACGUCGCCGUCACGCGACCGGCGGCCGCGCGCCGACGGCGGGAUGCGCAUCGUGGUGCCGCUGCAGGGUGUGGUGCAGGGCCGGGGCGGCCUGGUGCUCGGCUCCCUCAUCCCCUGCGCGCUCUUCUACUUCUUCCAGCUCUACAUCAAGCGCAACCGCCCCGCCCCCGCGCCGGGCUCCCCGCCCGCGCCGACCUCCGGCACCUCCAACGCCUCCCCGAUCCACCGCUCCCACUCACGGGGCCUCCUCACACCGCGCGGCGCGCCGUCGCUCUCCGCGCGCGGCGCCGUCGUGCGGGCCGGAGACGAGGAUUCGCUCUACUACGCCGGCCUCCGGCGCUGCGCCGAUGACCCUUACCACCCCGCGUCCAACCCCGGCGGUGUCAUCAACCUCGGCCUCGCCGAGAACCACCUGUCGUUGGAUUUGGUGGGGCGGUGGAUGGAGGAGCACGCGGGGGCGGCGAUGCUGGACGGCCUCGCGGGAGCCGGGGAGGAGGUCAGGGACCUCACAAUCAGGGGGCUCGCAACCUACCAGCCCUACGACGGGAUACUUGCCUUGAAGAUGGCUCUUGCUGAAUUCAUGCGGCAAAUCAUGCAUGGAUCAGUAUCCUUUGAUCCAUCUCAAAUGGUGAUUACAUCUGGGGCAACUCCUGCAAUGGAAAUACUGAGUUUCUGUAUUGCUGAUCCAGGAAAUGCAUUUCUUGUGCCAUCACCUUACUACCCGGGUUGGGAUAGGGACAUAAAAUGGCGAACUGGUGUUGAGUUGAUACCUGUUCCUUGUCGCAGCACUGAUAACUUUAACAUCAGUAUCACUGCUCUUGAAAUAGCUUACAAACAGGCAAAAAAACGAGGAGUUAGAGUUCGUGGGGUUCUCAUAUCUAACCCUUCGAACCCAACAGGAGGCAUUGUGCCAAGGGAAACACUGCAUGAUCUUCUAGUGUUUGCUGCAGACAAGAACAUACACUUAAUUUCUGAUGAAAUAUUUGCUGGUUCAACAUAUGGAAGUGACAAGUUUGUCAGCGUGGCAGACGUGGUGGAUGAAGUAGAGGACUUUGAUAAAGGCAGGGUUCAUAUCAUAUAUGGCCUCUCAAAAGACCUAUCUCUUGCUGGGUUUCGAGUUGGAGUGAUAUAUUCCUACAAUGAACACAUUGUAUCAGCUGCUGCUAAGAUUGCUCGAUUUUCAUCUGUCUCGAGUCCAACACAACGUUUGCUUAUUUCCAUGCUUUCAGAUGAAAAGUUCAUUUCAGAAUACAUAAAGGUUAACAAAGAGAGGCUCCGGAAAAUGUACCUUCUGUUUGCUGAUGCUUUGAAACAAGUUGGGAUCGAAUGCUUCAAGAGCAGCGGCGGGUUCUAUUGCUGGGCAGACAUGAGCAGGUACAUCCGAUCUUACAGUGAGAAAGGAGAGCGCAAGCUCUGGGACAGACUGUUGGAGGAAGCAAAGGUCAAUGUCACCCCAGGUUCUUCUUGCCAUUGCAUUGAGCCUGGAUGGUUCAGGUGUUGUUUCACAGCAUUGAGUGAGGAGGACAUUCCUGUCUUGGUGGAAAGGCUGAGGAGGGUCACAGACAGCCACAAAUCAAACCGUUGAAACACUAGAGUAGUUAUUCCGAACCCCUGCGUUAUAGAAAUAACCAUAUCUCGGCAGGUGCUCCACAAUGGAUUGCAAGGGCACUCAAAGGUUGGAAAUCCAUUUAUUUUAGUUCAUAGAUAUUCAGAAGCUUCUCGCUACAGCUGCGCAACUAUUGCUGGAAGCCCCUGGGCUGGUGGAACGAUGAAUGGGAUUUGGGAAACUUGUUCAUGUUGGUCAGCUGUCUGCUGUUUCUUAUGAGCCAUGAUGCCGCAGCACUCUGGAUGGUUAUAUCCUGUUGGUCUCACUUGCUUCCUUUGUAGCACUGUUGGUGACUCAGAAGACGAAUUGCCCAUCUGGUGAUGAGGCGUGCUGAGCUGAUCUUUUGAUCCAGAUGACCAUCUCCUUUUCCUUUUUGUUGUUCUUUUUUUUUUGGUUCUUUGGUUACAUAAGCUAGUGUUCAGGUUCAGGUUUUGUAAAGCAAUGGUUCCUGCAUGUGCCAGGGUUUUGAACGCUGUUCAUACGUUGUCACUGGAAGUAAUUUAUUUUUUUGGGGGGUUCAUUUGAACAGAACAAGUCUGUCAAUGAGGAGAAUUCUGUGGGGGAGACUUCUUCUGUGGUUGUGGAGUGAACAUGCAGUCAUAAUGUUUGGGAAA